GAGUAGCCUACACACCUUUGAAAAGGUAUCUAUGAAUUUAAUGUAAUGCCAUUUGGUCUUAAGAAUGCUCCAGCAACAUUCCUGAGACUGAUGGAGAUAGUCCUUGGAGAGUCCAAGAGGAAAAUAUGCUUUGUCUACAUUGACGACCUUAUCAUUUACUCGCCUUCCAUAACACAGCACUUCCACGACAUACGGACAGUUCUCUACAGGUUUAACUGCUGACACAAUCACAAUGGCUACAGAAGAUUCAGUCAUCAAGAGCUGUGGACACAGCUUUUCCAAGAGUUGUCUGGAUCAGCAGGUAGACACCAGUAAUCCACAGUGUCCUCAAUGCCUUGAGGCUCUUCAGCGGGCGCAGAGGGCCGACUUGAGUCUCUUGCCUGUUAAAAGUGCUGAGAUCCCUUGUAACAUGUGUGAGGAAAGCCAGACCUUCAGUGCUGUGAAGUCCUGCUUGACCUGUUUACUCUCAUACUGUGAGCAUCAUUUGAAGCCGCAUCAGUCUAUGGAGAGGCUGAAGGGUCAUAAACUGGUAGAACCAGUGGAGAGAUUGGAUGAGAGAGCGUGCAGUGUCCACGGCAGACCCCUGGAUCUCUACUCUACCCGAGACAAACGCUGCAUCUGUGCCUUAUGUGUGAAACCUGGUGUAGAUGUCAUACCUGUGGAGACAGAGAGAAAGAUCAGAGAGGUCGAUCUGCAAAAUACUAUUAAAAAUUUGGAAAGUAUGAUCAGUCAGAGAGAAAAGAAACUUGAGGAUCUUCAAAACACAGUGUCAAAAAAUCAGGCUGAGAUAAACAGAGAGCAGACAGCAAUAAGGGAAGUGUUUUCUGCAGUGAUGGAUGCUGUGAGGAAAACUGAGGAGGAGCUGCAUGCUCCUCUAGAGGAAGGAAGAAGGAGUCUGGAUGAGGAGAUGAAAGUGAAGGCGCAGCAGGUUCACAAGGACAUCCAAAAGUAUACAGAAAUCAUCAACGGGUUUAAUCAAACUAAGAAUGAAGAAGACGACAUCAUCUUUCUCCAGUUGUAUCCAUCGGCACCUGCUGAAUUCAGAGAUGAUCUGAGAGUUUCUAUUGACACUGAACUAAACUUUGGCUCCAUGAGAAAUAUAACCACAUCUGUUUUAACUUCUAUUAGGACUCAGCUGGAGAAUCUUUGCUCUUUUGAAAUGAGAAGAAUUCAGAGGUUUUUAGUGGAUGUGACUCUGGAUAAAGAAACUGCACAUCCAGCUCUGGAAGUGUUUCAAGAUGGCAAAGCUGUAAAAGUCAAAGGAAAUGGUCAUAAUAUUCCAGGCGACCCCAAGCAAUCCGUUCUGGUGAAUGGAAUCCUGGGAAAUCUUCAGAUCAAGUCUAGAAAAGCAUUUUGGGUAGCGGAGGUGGGACAGAAAACGGGCUGGGAACUGGGUGUAGUGAGAGAAAAUGCAAACAGGAAAGGAAAAGUCUCCUACAAACCCAGUGAGGGUUAUUGGAUCAUUGUGUUCUGUGAUCCAAACACGUAUGGAGCUUUUGAAGAAAAACCUGUUCAGCUGCAUCUCUCCACCAAACCUCAGAAGGUGGGAGUAUUUGUCGACUAUGAGAACGCUCUCAUCUCCUUCUAUAAUAUGAACGAUCUGUCACAUAUUUACACAUUCACUCAGUGUAGAUUCAAUGGUACGAUCCGUCCAUAUUUUAAUCCUCAUCCCAACAAAAAUGUCAAGAUUGCAGAUCCAAUGAUCAUUUCUUCUGUUAAUCCAAAUAAUAAUCAUAUGUCAGAGGUGUAACAUAUACAGUAAAUAUCUACAUAUAAUUGUAUAUUACUUAAUAUUAUGGAAAAAGUAUAGUGGAUCAAAAUAUUAUGGUGAUUGGGUACUGCAUGGGUUAAGGUAAUAAUGAAAAGAUGACAGAUUUGUAGGUAGAUUUUGAAGUGAAGUUGGGUAAAAAUGUAAUGUGUAAGUACAUAGAUAUGUAAAUUAAAUCUUCAAAAUGUCUUGUAGACUGUGUUUGGGGUAACGCAUUACAAGUAGAUUACUUUUUGACGAUAUCUGAUUAAAUAAUGUGAUCAUUACUUUAUAAAUGUGCAUAUUUAACCCCUUACCUGGGUGGUAAAAUGGUGAUGUACACUUUCAAAUUAAUAUAAUUCUGGCAUGUUUUUUUUUAAAGUAGACACUUUGAAGUGUCCGUUUCUGGCACGGCACUACUAUGGUUCAGGUCUUACCUAUCAGGGAGGUAAUUUAGAGUAUCCUGGAGAGGAUACGUCUCUGAACCCGAACGUCUCAAUUCUGGGGUACCUCAAGGCUCAGUGCUUGGACCACUGCUCUUUUCUAUAUACAUGACAUCCCUGGGUUCUGUCAUUUGGAAACAUGGCUUUUCCUACCACUGCUAUGCCACUCUGAAGGAUUAUUAUUUCCAGCUGAAUUUAAUCACUCAUAUAUCAUGCAAAUAUGAUAAUUUGAAUAUUACAUGGUCAAAACAUGAAUCCAGCACCAGUAUUCCUGGUUUAGGAGGAAUACAAAGGAGUAGCCUAAUGGUCAUUUUAAGGAUCUGAUGGCCGCCAUUUUGAAAAUGGGGCCUUUCUUGGAGUCAAACAUUGGUAAACUUUUAGUAUGUUUUUAUGUACAUCUAAUACUACUUUAAACCUUUUGUUAGAUUUUUUUUGGUCAAGCCAUAUUUGCAGCUGACUAAAAAGACCACUAGGUAUCCUAGUUUUAACAAACAUACCUUACUAAAAACAUAACUUGUGUGCAUUUUGAGGCAAAACAAAGGGCACUGAUUUA